UGCAACACUUUCGGGUUUCGUGGCCUGAAUUGGAGAAGUGAGAAAACUGAAGUAGCUGCCUGUAUUGUCUCUCCUUAGUCUUGAAAGACUAAAACCUGCUUCAAGGCCACACUCAUGGAUGCUGUUUGGAUGCUACUGAUCUGGCCGGUGAUGAUAUUUGUACACAGUGGACUCACUGCUGGUGCAGCCGUGUCCUGCAGGAACGAGCAGGGGGAGUCUGUGGACUGGUUUAUUCUGUAUAAGCUGCCAGACCACGAUGAAGGAAGAGGUCUGCGAUACCUCUACAUGGAUGACCAUACCAAUGGCUGGGUAUAUGGGAAGAAAUUGGUGAAUGACUCCAAGAGUGCAGUGGGGCAGACUUUGCAGCCUUUUUUGUCCUACAUUCAUAAAAAGACUGUGGACUUUGGGUAUCUUCUAUACAACGAUCAACCUCCAAAGUCAUUUAAACCUGCUCCUUCAUCUUUUGGACACAGCAAAGGUAAGUAACAUUUUACAAUGUACAAAACAGAAGGACACAGAAAAUUGGGGAGAAAAAACAUCAUUGACAGCACAACAAACUAUAUAAUUGUAUCUGUAAUACUUGCUGGGUUUGCUUGCUUAUUCCUAUGAUUAAAGCCAAGUGCAAUGUUUGCUACAUAUGCAGGAUGUGAAUUGUUCAUUUUAUAUAUAUCUAAAAUAAAAUAUUUUAACAUUUACACUAUUUCAGGGUAGAACAUUUACAUGUGUGAUUCUGCAGAUUUUGUCCAAAUCAUUAAAUCAGUAGAAAACAUUUAUUUUAUGAUUUACUGUGUAUGGUCAAGACAUGAUGGCACGUCC